AUGUUACUGAUCUCAACGGAGGAUCACGAGAAGGCUUUCAGUAGGAUGACCGAGGCGUUUGCUAAAUGGCGAUCAUGCAUGACAACUCAGCUGGAUUUGGUAAAACAUGAGCCUCUGAAGGAUAGUUAUCCCCAUGUUGUAGUGACGUUAGGUGUCGGUAGUGACAUAGAUGCUGAGCGGGAAUUACGACAACUACUUCCAGAGGGGUCUGAAUUUUUUGGAGCUGAUCCGGUGGCAACGCCGAAUGCCGACCUUUUCAGCGAAAUUGGCACAUUUUUUCCGGUAGCUGUCAGUGAUCGCUCUGGUCUCGCACGCUCCUCCAUUCGAGCUGAUAAC